GAACACGGGCUGUCAGUCAAGGUGGAAGGGGAGGUGGUCUAGCCCCUGGGCAGUGCUGGGGCCAGGGCAGUGAGCGAGCGCCGGUGAUACUGUGCUUGUGAGCCUGGGUGGCCGUGUUCCAGGUGUGUCUGAGGUCCCUGGGCAGUGAGUGACAGGGAGCUGUCGCAACUGUGUGUGGUGAUGAGUCUGUGUGCAUGUCGAGUGCCCGAGCGUGCGUGUGUUUGUGUCUAUGUGUUGUGUGUGCCUGUGUGUGUGUGUGUCUGUCUGUCUGUCUGUCGCCGGGUGCCUGCUCACACUCGCUCGGGAGCGGUGUGAUCCACUGGAGACUGGCAUAGACGAGGAACCUUUCUAGUGUCCAGAGUUGAACCUUUGGAAACAUUGAUGGACUUUGGAAUUGGAGCGUUUCAGGAACUUGAUCUCAAAAUAGCAAUUAAGUCUUGUCGCUUAGAGCUAAGUACCAAAAACAGAGAACGAUGGUGCCAUGAAAUCCAGAUCAUGAAAAAGUUGAACCAUGCAAAUGUUGUAAAGGCCUGUGAUGUUCCUGAGGAAUUGAAUUUUUUAAUUAACGAUGUGCCUCUUCUAGCAAUGGAGUACUGUUCUGGAGGGGACCUCCGGAAGCUACUCAACAAACCAGAAAAUUGUUGUGGACUUAAAGAGAGCCAGAUCCUUUCUUUACUGAGUGACAUAGGAUCUGGGAUUCGUUAUUUGCAUGAAAACAAAAUUAUACAUCGAGAUCUAAAACCUGAAAAUAUAGUGCUUCAAGAUGUUGGUGGGAAGAUAAUGCAUAAAAUAAUUGAUUUGGGUUAUGCCAAAGAUGUCGAUCAAGGAAGUCUCUGUACAUCUUUUGUGGGAACAUUACAGUAUUUGGCCCCAGAGCUCUUUGAAAAUAAGCCAUACACAGCCACUGUGGAUUAUUGGAGCUUUGGGACCAUGGUGUUUGAAUGUAUUGCUGGAUAUAGGCCUUUUUUGCAUCAUCUGCAGCCAUUUACCUGGCAUGAAAAGAUUAAGAAGAAAGAUCCAAAGUGUAUAUUUGCUUGUGAAGAGAUGACCGGAGAAGUUCGGUUUAGUAGCCAUUUACCUCAGCCAAACAACCUUUGUAGUUUAAUAGUAGAGCCAAUGGAAAGCUGGCUACAGUUGAUGCUGAAUUGGGACCCACAGCAGAGAGGGGGACCUAUUGACCCUCCUUUGAAGCAGCCAAAAUGCUUUGUGUUAAUGGAUAACAUCCUCAACUUGAAGAUAGUGCACAUCCUAAAUAUGACUUCUGCAAAAAUCAUUUCUUUUCUGUUACCAUAUGAUGAAAGUCUCCAUUCACUACAGUCUCGAAUUGAGCGUGAAACAGGAAUAAAUACAGGUUCUCAAGAACUUCUGUCAGAGACAGGAAUUUCUCUGGAUCCUCGGAAACCAGCCUCUCAAUGUGUUCUAGAUGGAGUGAGAGGCUGUGAUAGCUACAUGGUUUAUUUGUUUGAUAAAAGUAAGACUGUAUAUGAAGGACCAUUUGCAUCCAGAAGUUUAUCUGAUUGUGUAAAUUAUAUUGUGCAAGACAGCAAGAUACAGCUUCCAGUUACACAGCUUCGCAAAGUGUGGGCUGAAGCAGUGCACUAUGUAUCUGGGCUAAAGGAGGACUACAGCAGGCUCUUUCAGGGACAAAGAGCAGCAAUGUUAAGUCUUCUUAGAUAUAAUGCUAACUUGACAAAAAUGAAGAAUACUUUGAUCUCAGCAUCACAGCAACUCAAAGCUAAAUUGGAGUUUUUUCGCAAAAGCAUUCAGCUUGACUUGGAGAGAUAUAGUGAGCAGAUGACUUAUGGGAUAUCUUCAGAAAAAAUGCUGAAAGCAUGGAAAGAAAUGGAAGAAAAGGCCAUUCACUAUUCUGAGGUUGGUGUCAUUGGAUACCUUGAGGAUCAAAUUAUGUCUUUGCACACUGAAAUCAUGGAGCUGCAGAAGAGCCCCUAUGGGAGACGCCAGGGAGACCUGAUGGAAUCCCUGGAACAGCGUGCCAUUGAUCUCUAUAAGCAGCUAAAACACAGACCCACCGAUCACUCCUACAGUGACAGCACGGAGAUGGUGAAGAUCAUUGUGCACACUGUGCAGAGUCAGGACCGAGUUCUCAAGGAGCUGUUUGGUCACCUGAGCAAGUUGUUGGGCUGCAAGCAGAAGAUUAUUGAUCUACUCCCCAAGGUGGAAGUGGCCCUCAGUAACAUCAAAGAAGCUGACAAUACUGUCAUGUUUAUGCAGGGAAAGAGGCAGAAAGAAAUUUGGCACCUCCUUAAAAUUGCUUGUACACAGAGUUCUGCUCGCUCUCUUGUAGGAUCCAGUCUAGAAGGCACAGUAACCCCUCCAGUAUCAGCAUGGCUGCCCCCUACUCUAGCAGACCGUGAACAUCCUCUGACAUGUGUGGUAACUCCUCAAGAUGGCGAGACGUUAGCACAAAUGAUAGAAGAAAAUCUGAACUGUCUUGGCCAUUUAAGUACUAUUAUUCGUGAAGCAAAUGAGGACCAGAGCAGUAGUAUGAUGAGUCUUGAUUGGAGUUGGUUAGCAGAAUGACACAUCAUUCGUGCACUGUUCUCGAGUCUUUGAAGCUGUUCCAGCACUUACUGUGGUCAUCUUUCCUGCGGAAGCCAUUCUUCACUCACCAGUCCAUGGAGGAGACAGCUGUGAUCAGAAACUACAAAUGACUUUACACACACCCGAGCUUGGUGUUUUGUUUUUAAAUAAUUGUGAUCUCUGAACAGAUAGGAUUUUAUAACAAAUCAGUGAAAUUAAUUUUUCUUUCUAACACCUCAACUAAUUAAGGAGAUUAUUAGUGACCUGCUUAAAAUCUUAUAAAAUUGAAAAAAUAUUACUAGUUUAGCUGAUGAAAAAGAUAAUCUUUUAAAGGUCUAAAUUUUACGCAUAAGGCCCAACAUAGUAUUAAUAUAGAGAUGAAAAAUUCAUCCAGUGUUCAUUUUAAGUAAAAUUUGUCUAUGGAGUUUCUGUGCUUCCUGAAGAUGAAGCCCCGCCUCCUUGUGUUGCUCUCAGCAAGUGCUCUUCUUGGUGCCCCAUGGAGGUAGAUGAAUCCCAUCUUUAACCCCACAUUUAAUAGAGUCCUCUUCUUAUAUAAGGGAUGGACAUAUGUGCCUUUGAUAUCAGCUGACCAUAAUGAAUUGUGUCCUGUGCUAUAUGUAUAUGUAUUUAAGGUGUACAUUUAAUAAUAUCACAGAGAGGAUGCCUGUUAAUUUAUAAUGUAUUUGAAGGUUGUAUGUUUUACAUUUGUAAAAAUGGGUCACUUGUUUAAACAAUCUUUUAUGUCUUGUCAUACAAGUUUCAAAGGUCUGCAUUCCUUUAUCUGUAAUUAUAGUCUCAAAAUCCAAGAAGUUCUGAUAACAAGGUUUUCAUAAGCUUGAUAACAAAAGUCAUUUGCCUCUGGAUGUAUUCUAAUCUGACACUGAAUCUGCUUAUCCCAUUAGUGUGAAUAUUCAUUUAUUUUGUUGCAUAAAUAUUAAUGUGUAUGAUUAUUGGGGUGUGCUGCCACAAACUCUUUUGAGGGUUGAUAUAGUAUGGUGUAUGCACUGAAUUACCUUUCUAAAAUCUGAAAAUUUCUCAUUCUGAAACAUCUAGACUUAGGGUUUCAGAUAAAAGAUUGUGGAUCUCUGCCUUAUGUUAAAUAAUUUAAAAGGUGUUAUUUUGUUUUUAAAAAAUGUGAAAUGCUUUUAUAUUCUAGUUUUUCACUUUGCAUAUUAAAUGAUUUUAAAAUUA